AAACAGCAGGCAAAACAGCGAUAGCAGAAUUAGCACCUUUUGUAGAGAAGUUUUGUGCUUGUUAAAACCGCAAGAUCAAAGCAAACCUGGUUCGGCACGCAAGUUCAAACACGCGUUUCCGUUUAUGUCGAGAGUUUCCAUCGGCCGCCGGCGACUGAUGGUAUUUGCACCGUGUGUUGUCCAGUGAAGAGCAACUGUGUAACUUAGAAAAGGCGCAUUGAAAAAUCGGUCCCCAAACUAACGGGGGUAUGGUGAACGACGGUAACAAGCGAGGAUUCAACCAAAUGGCCAAUCGGCAACGCUUCAAACCGGGAAGCGGGAAACAACAGCAGCUUCCGAUGAACGUGCGUAACAUGGGCGCGAUGCUGUUCGAUGCGAAUCAGCUCGGCGACAAUCCCGGGUUCUUGGAUUUCAACGAUGACUCGACGAGCUUCGGGAUGAACGGUGCCGGAAACAGCAACAAUGGUGAUUCCACAGAUCUCACAGGGGAUAUGAAUGGAUUGGAUAGCAGUCAGAAUGGUCACAACGGGAACGGUAAUCGACGGAUGAAUCCUAGCCUCAAGCGUCCUCUGAAAAACACUGGUAACACUGGGAUGCGUCCCCGUAUGAACAACGGAACAAACAGGGCGGGCAAUUGGGUGGGUCCGAUGGGCCCCCCGAAUGUGUUUUCAGGUCCUCCACGUCGUGGUCCAAUGCAUGCUCCCCCGGUAUCGCCGCCAUCGUUCCGCGGUUCCGGACACAGCAUGGGAAUGCGGAUGCGAGGCCCACAGAACAACCGAUUUGGAUGCGGCCCGCCGGGACCGAUGUCCUUGCUGUCAAUGAACCCAGCCAUACCACCUCCGAUCCCACCGAUGGGCGGUCAGCCGAUGGCGCCGCCACUCGGCAUGGGCCGUAUGAUGCAUCCGCCGCACCGCCAUGAUGGGCCCAUGCGGCGGUAUGGAAACGGCCACUUUCAAGCCAGAGGGAUGGGACCACGAAUGAACAAUUUCGUCCGUGAUGGAGCCCGACCCAACGCAACGUUCCCGAUGGGUGCGAAUGGCAAUCGGCCACACCCCAAACAGAGCAACAAGGAAGAAUAUCCACUCGAUAAAGCGUGGGUUACGGACGAGAUUAGGGUCGAGCAUCAGAAGAAAACGGAUCUCGUCAAUCGGCUCAAGGGACACCGAGAUGACGCCCUGUUCGCUCAGUUCAAGGUGCAACGGGAUAAGUUUGUGAAAAUGUACGAAACUGCCCGCCUCGAGUUCAUAGGAAAACACCCGGAACAGGAUGUUGAUAAAAUCUUGACCGAGACGGUAUGCAAAAAGCCUCGUAUUGAAAAUGACACAAACACAAGCGCUACUAAAACAGAAGCUCCUGCUUCUGAUGGGUGCGUAGCAUCGGCUACGGCCACUUCUUCCCACUAUUCUACCGAUUCAACAGAAAGUGCCACGCCGAGUGCCACUUGCACCAAUAUCGCUUCUUCUGCUGCCAAUGCUACCACCAGCACUAUCGAUACCAAUGAAUGCACUGAAAUCACUUCUACUUCUGCUAUCGCCGCAACUGCAACCGAUAAACUGACCGAAUCAGCCGCCGUGGAAGCGUCCGGUACUGAGGGCACGAUAGCGUAAAGAAACUAUGGUUGAAUCAGAACCAGCGCAAAAAAUUAACAAAACUAGAGAUCUUGAGUAAAACAGAGAGCAAGAGAUGAGAGAGAGAUAAUGGGAGAACAUUGAAGUACUUGCAGCAUUGCUGCAACUGUUCGAGAAAUCACUACGAAACAGCAGAGCAGAGUUUUUGGAUUUUGUUCGUCCGUCGGAACGGAAGCCGGCGUAUUCUGCCAAGUUAUACCUUCUAUCCGGUUCACGUAAUUGUUACACACCAUAAUAAAAUAGACCGUACAUAUUGAACACAAAAAGGUACCGUAAUCUUAUUUGCAAACGAUACUUAAACCUCCUAGAGCCCACCAAAUGUUAAACUUGUUCAGAAGAUGAAAGUAGUUCCGAUUCGAUCGAUGAUGCCGACUCUUAUGCCUCGACAUGGAUCACAGAUAUAAUACAAAUUUUAUUACACUGACACUGGCCGCAGCAGAAUUGUACAAACCGCCCAUCCGGAAGACGCGAGACACAAGAUUUUAACCAGCCACUGAUAGAGAAUAGCACCAUUAGAACUUGUUGAUCCCUAACGAUACGAUUGAGUGGGACGAAUUCCAAAAUAAAAUGGAGUGGUACCGAACUAAUGGCCAACAUUGGAUUGUUGUAUAAUAAAGCUUGAUUCAAAAGCAAUCACAUUUGGAAAAAUCAUGCCCAAACCUUGAAGCGCUUGAACACAAAGAAGUAGUAUCAAUAGUAGUUUAGCACAUGCUUGGACUGAAUGGAAUAAAACGGAAACUCUGCGCCUCUGUUUGUCGGAACCCACAGAACAACAAUAGAAAAUGGUCGGCAGCGCCCAGACGAAGUAAAGUAAUCGAUGGCAAACAUCGAAUCGUCUCGGGGAUAGCGCGAACGCGGACAUAAGUAAGAAACUCUAACAAUAUAGUAUAUCACAACCGUACAACAGCGACCAGCUUAGGUUGAAACUCUGUAAGGAAUAGUCCACGGAAAUUUUGUUUGAAUUAAUUUUGGUAUCCACCAAUUAUCUAGGUUCUCGAGCUCUCCUCUCUUGUAUCUUCCUUCACUAGUUUGCCAGCUUUCAAUCAGAUUCAGUUUCGAUUCUUGUAAAACAUUGCUUCCUUUCUUACACGGAUCGCUCGGAACGGAAGACGCAAGCAGUAGUUUAUUAUUUACUAAAGAAACAAUUAAAUUAUUUUGGUUUUUAAGUUUUGCGAGCUGUGUCUGAGUGUGUGCUUGACUUGUAAACAUAUCAAAUUUAUGUUUUCACCCUUGUGGACGUGGAUCAAACAAGUCAACACAAGACACUUUUGAAAGCAGCACACGCUAACUGGUGACCGUUAGCGACGUGUAGGAUGUACCAAUUGAUAUUCAUAAAGUUGCAUUAAAAGUGUAUUCUCAUCACUAAUUUAAGAACCAACUUUACCUCACUUUCACAGUUUCAGUAACAGUUUGAAGGCUUUGUUUAAACGGAUGCAGCACCCUUCCCGGAGAAAGUUCUUUUGUCACUAGUGCCCACAACCCAUCCCUUCUAAAGUGAUCCGUACGAAACCGUGUUGUGUUUAGCACUAUUAUUGGCUAGUAGGUGAUUUCAGUACCCUCAUCGGUGUGUAGAAGAAGAAAUGCAUUUCCGUUACUCUAAAGGUAACUAGCUCACUAGUUGAAUUAUUUAGCUUUCGUUGGGAGCGCCACCAACCCGUUUUCGCACGUGUUUUCGGCAUUUGAAAAACCUAGACCCACUUCCUUGGCGUUCUCUCACGUGGAUGGAACGGAUAGUGGUCCAGAAACGGUGCUCCUACCAGGAAUGCCACCCCAAAGGUGUAGGAGAAUGUAAUGAAAAUGUUUCAUGCCAGCUUCCAGCUUCGAUAAACUCUGGCUUUGCAAAACCUCAGAAAAAUUUGCUCUUUUUUGUGAGGAAAUGGGAACACAAACCUCCGACUGUGUUGGGUUAGCUGGAUGGAGCUUGGAUCCAAGCACCUAAAUAUUAUUUAAAGGUGCGUGCGAGUAGCGGUUGUUUUAAGAAAUGAGUUGCAAACUAUCGUAACACAAUCGUUGUAGAAGAAUAGCGUGAUAUUUCGAAAGGGGCUUGAACUAAGCAUCAUACAAUAACUGUCCUCUGUAAAUGCAACUCGCGGAAUGGUGCCG